CAAGUGUAAAACUUAUUCAAUGAAAUUUACCUAUUUUUAAUUUAUCUCCUCUUAUCUUAUUCAAAAAUCAAGUUCAUAGUAUUGGAAGUCCAUAAAUUUUUAUAAAACUAUGUUAAGUUGAUCAUUCUUUAUCAAUUGUGACUACACGGAACGAUUGGUAGGUAAUCAAACAAUGCUUUCGGUUGCACCCAACGGUGGGUUUAGAAUUGUUUUUAUAGGGAAUUAAAUUGCCAUUCGUACGUUUUGAAGCGUUUCGUAAUUUUAUUGACACUAAAAUGAUACAAGUGCGUGUUGAUCGUGUUUGGAUGUUGGUGGUAACAUUGGCAUAAUGGGUGAUAAAAUGAACAGAGAAUAUUUCGCAUCAGGCGCUGCAGCCUUCAACUACAACAAUGUGACGGGCGGUGCGGACAGUGCGAGCGGUGGCUCCGGUGGCUCUGGCAUGGAGUGCCUGCAACUGCGCUCACCCCCCGGACCCUUCCACUACCUCAUCUCGGAGCAGGCUAAGUCUCUCGUCGCGCUACAGGAACUCCAGAAUGAAGUCGGGGCACUGCUCGAGUUCCGCGAUCUCGUCAUCGAGACAUUCCCGAACCUGCGCUCCAAGAUGGCACCGUCAACGCCAGCCAAUGAGACACGUCGAGACUGGGAGCCCGGAGUACGCGUGCGACGAAAACUUGCUGGAGGAAGUGGUGACGCCGCAAGAACGAAACCCCAACCAUCAGUCCAAGACUCGGGUUUUAGUACAGAAACAUCUUGCGGCAAAGAUGCCCAUUCUUCGGCUUCUGCAUCGACUUCUGCUACUCGAUCCCGACCUCUCGAAGAUGAAUUAUGGGCGCUCCUCGACGUCAUACAACGGAAAGGUGUACGUUUACGAGAUGAAGCGGAACUUUUGCGAGGAGAACUUGAUGAAAGGCAGUCAGAAACAGCGGAGGAAUCUUUCGCAAGAGCAUUAUCUACGGGAUGCGGAGAUUGUACGGACCUUGUGCGAUUACGAAGCGAGCGGGAUGCUUUGCUCGCCCGUGCGGCUCAACUGGAGGCGGCAGCCGCGGCUACCCCGCCUCCCCCACCCUCGACCCCCCUGGGAAGGCUGGACACUGCCUUGGAUACGCCGACGCGUCCGCCACGAGUCUCCACCCCCGACUCCAAGAAGUUCGCUGCGAUUCUCCUCGAGAGUAAUCCCGUCGAGCUUCAACGACAAUUACUUAUUUCCACCGUUCAGAAUCAGGUGCUCAGCUCGCAGCUGAGACGCGCGGCGGCGCAUCGCACUCUACUGCUGGAAAAGCUGGAACGGGCGCGCGACCAAAACGAAGACCUCAAGUUCAGGUUAGAAGAGAAGAGCAUAGAAGUGGAGGGCGCCAAAGCUCGGCUGAGACAGAUUGAGAAGAACCAGAAGAGUUGCGACAGCAUUGAGCGAAGUCGAGACCACAGCAGCAUGCGAGACAUGGAGCCUCUGCACAUUCCCGACGAGGGGGACGACGAGCCGCGCAUAUCCGAGACCCCGCGCGUCAAACCCAGUCGCAUACCGCGGCACACGGCGCAUAAAGGCACCGCGCCCAGACCCCCCGCUCGGUCCCCAGCGCCGACGGCCCCAGGGGCCCCGCCGAGGCCUCCCUCCGCGCACUCUGUGCGGUCGACUCGCUCCGUGGCGUCCGGACGCAGCCGCACGUCCCGCGAGGCCUCGGCAGCCUCGACGGGGGCCUCGCGCAAGGACAAGUCCGCCGUGCCGGUGCGGCGCUCGCCGUCCGCAGACAAGAAACCUCAAACGAAUGCAGACGAGCGUACGGAAGCCGAAGAUAAAGCUCGAAGCGCGUCACUAGUAGCCGAGUACGUCGCCCGCACCGAGAGACUAGCUCCUCUGUUCCCGAGGCUCCACGUAGUAAGGGCGAGGCCUCUACCGCAGGAACUACUGAAUGAGUGCCAUCUCGCCUACGAAACCCCGGGAAACCUCGCUCUGGAACUUUCCAAAUCCAUCUUAUAUGAAAACGCCGAUUCCAUAGACAUUGAAACGUUAAAGUCACUGAACUCUCACGAAGACUCGUUGUGGAACGGUAAACCUCAGCAAUACUUCGAGAGUCUAAACGCUCGGGAUGGCGAUUGUAUCGAUAUUAAGGAUUUCGAAGAUGAUUCUUUAGCGUGAAUAUUUCCUAAUUUGAAUACAUCGAAAGUAAUAAAAGUGUAACUUAGACAGGCAAAGGAACCUCUGAUUUGUGAUAAAUCAGUAAAAAACACACCUAACUUUCUUUGCAUAAUUCCAACGAUUGCUUGAUCCGAUUUGUUUUAUCUUAAUUAAUUACACGAGAAUGUUAAACAAGAUGUCAACAUUUAAUGCAAUAAAUAUUUAGUAAUUUAAACAUUUAAUACAAAUUCAAAUUUUAUAUUCAUUAUUGUUGUUAAGAUAUUUAGGUCUUGGUAUUUAAAAGAUUCUUAUACAGCGAACGCGGUCGCCAACAAUUAAAUUAAAUACGCUUCGUACUCACAUUUCGCGGAUAGCGGGGCGAGACGUGAUUAGAUGGCUUAUACGGACGAUCUGUGGUGUUGCUUAUAAAGAAUAAAGAAAUUAUAAAUUACACUGCACAUAUGUUUUCUGAUAAACUGUCAAAGUUACAAUAUUAUAAAAGCAAAAUAACUUUUGAUGUAGCGUUUUAGUAUUCAAUUUAAAUUACGGGCUUAAGAUUACAACUGCAUGUCAAGAUAGAGGUUUUUUAAGUUCGCAUAAAGGCGAUCCGAUUGCGAAAACAACAAAUAUGAAGUGUAUAAAAUUUUAUAUGAUUUUAGCGAUAGCGGAGUUCCUGCCUCCGCAUUUUGUACCAAAAAAAAGGCUUUUGUAAAAACUUGUUUCCAGAGCAACUGUGAUAAUUUCACGUUUCUUUUUUUCGCAUUCGUAUAACGUUUGACCGACUUCGCAUAUUCCAAAACUGCCCUCAUCUAUUGAUUAAUUAUUAUUAGUUUAGCGAACGAAUUCCUAUUGUACAGUCUAUUCUAGUAACUAUUUACAAAUUAAGAAUGAAAUUUAAUACGAAUUAUUAAAAAUAAUCUCUAAAUGAAAUUUAUUAAUUUAUCCUACACAAAUCGUUUAACAAAAAACUUAGGUAUUCCAUUUUUUUUUCUAUUGGAGUCAAGGUGGGUUACAUUAGACUGAGUUACCAAUGACGGUUAUUUUUAUGGAUUUUAGUUUUGUUUUCUGUCUCUUAAGGAUACGCUUUCAUUUUGUGAUAACUUUACGUUUUUUAGAGUACGGGAUAGAAGGAAGUGAAUUCUUCCUGCCCCGGGCUAACGACCAAUGAAAUUCUGUUGAUAUUAUAUGCUAUGUCAAGUGUGAUUUAAUAUAAAUCAAAUUAGUCGUUUUUUAUUAGUUUAGUCGCUCUGGAACUACCAGUGAGUCUUAAAAUAUUUUUUAAUAAAUUCAACAAUUGAUGCUAUUUUGAACAUGCUACAACCUUAGAAGUCAAGGAAAAGGCGGCCGAUGCCACGUGGUCGUAGAAAGUUUGCAUUGGACAAAUUUUCUUACAAGAAAUUGUACGUGGACGAAGUCACGCGAAACCGCUGGUUAAUAUAUUUUUAAUUUCGCAUUUAAUUUAUCUGCUUGCGUCUUAUGAAACGAUUAAUCGUCGCAUGCAAAUUAAAUUAAAUUUCGCAAAAUAAUUUAAGAUUAACCCUUUACUAAUCUUUUUUCGCACGCAAUAAAGCUAAACUUUCAAUUACAUUAUUUACCUUAUACUCCGACCUUUACUUUAGACAAAUCAAGCCGCUACUUUUAUCCCAGGAAAAUAAAUGAAUGUUGAAUUUUGAAUGUUAUAACAGUUUCUCAACGGUCCUUUGUUACCCACCUUGACUGUGGUAUGUUAAAUAUAAUAUAUCAUAAUUUGUAACUAAAAAUUUACACUCCUAAAUGUCUAUAAAUGUAAUAAAAUAGAGAAUGUGAUGAAAGUAUGUGCUGUUGAAUGAAUUGUGUAAAAAUGGUAGCUAUUUACUUUUUAAAUUGUCAUUCCUAAGCCAAUGGCUAGACUGCAACUAAUAAAUUGGGUGUGAGCUUGUACGACUGUAGUAAGGCUGUGAAACGUGGCGUAAGACAAGAAUUCCUUCCAACGCAUUAGUAUUUGUUUCAAAACUGAAGCUUUUAAUGCAAAACUAUGAAUCUUUAUUUAACCAGAACGUCGAAUAAAGGCAUAAUUGUACCUAUGAAAACAAAACGUCUAUGAUACAAAAAAACAAAUUAUAACCUGCCUUAGAUUAUGAAUCAGCGGUAAUAUUAGGCGCAAAAAAAAUGUUAUGUCAUGAAAAAAAACUUUUACUUUUAGCUAAGCAUUUUUAGGACUCCCAUUAAUUAGAUAUAGAUAUAUGUAUUUUAUUUUAUAAACUGAUCCAAAUUUGCAAUAAAUUAAAUUAUCCUUUGAUUAACAUUUAAUAAACGAUUCAUAUCAAUAGUUUAGUGAAAUUCAUUCCGCAGCAGCAGUAGAAAAUCGAUGUUUUUUUAAGAAAUUCUUAAAUUGGUUUGUAGCACUUUUUAAAAAUAAAGUUUUGCAUUAAAAGCUAUUAAAAUAAGAUUUACGCGGUACUUAUGUUGUGCUAUUGUCCAUAUAGAUGAAUGCUGUUUCCAAACGUCCGGUGUGGAACUUCCCGAUGCUUUUAGCUCCAUCACUAGACCGCCCUGUUUUAAGAUUUACCGAAGCUCUGAGUACAAGACUUUGGUUUAAUGUUUCCUGGUGGUAGUGAAGUAUUUUGUAAAAAAUAGCCAUGUUUUAAAGUUGUCCUUGAAAAUUAUAUUAUAUUAUAUUCUUACUUUACUGAUAAAGUUUCAUCAAAAUCGGUUCAGACUUUCUAAAUAACCUAGGCAUGUAGACAAUAAAGUAAAAAUAUUUAUGCUUUUGAUAUAAUCAUAAGCAGUAGUAAUUUUAAAUCACUUAUGUUAUUUUUUUUUAUAUAGAUCAUAAUAAACACUAAUAUUUUCAAAUUCAGGUACGCUGGUGUCUUGAAACAGACUAAGAUAUAGUAUUAUUUUUUUUAACACCAGGAAACCGGCUAAACUAUGAAUUUACCGAACUCGUGUAUUCAGAGCUUUAUGUGAGAUUGUAUUUUAGGACGAUGGGUUAAAAAUAUAUUGUAGGAGACUGAUUUUCUAUAAAGACAUAUGUAUAUGUUUACCAGGUAGGGAAAGCCUUUAUAAAAUAAUGUUUCUUUCUACUAUUAUUACGCGGGGUAGAUUUUUAAAAAUACCGACGUUCUCAUUUUAGUGAAAUAAUACUUGCCUAAAAGUUACAAUAUUUGAAACCAAACCAAUUUUCUGAUAUAUUAUUCUGGUCUUCAGUUCUCAAGUCGACGGGUUAAUAUUUUCCAAAAAAAAAAAAAAUUAAUAUGAUUAAAAACCGAGGUUGGAAAAAAUUGGUGUGUUUAAAAGGAUGCCGCCGGUAAUUUUAAAAGUAACCGUACUUACUAAUUAUUACUUAUUUAGAAAAUGUUAUUGCCUACUGUGUAUACUAGAGCGAAAAGCCCCGAUUCUUCUACCAAAUUCUUAACAUUAUGUUCGCAAUAGUGACGUAAAAAUUUACAAAGUUGUCUUGUCAAAGUUCACGUCUUAUAAUGCAUUUCGAACGCAGUUAAGGUUUAUAUGCCACCGAGGAUCAGGGCCUAGGUCUGUUUCAUUAAAAACAAAAGGCAAACGAACAUACCGAUAGUAGGUAUUGGAUUUUGUCGACAGUAUAAAUUUUUAGAGCAUUGUUAAAUAUGUAGCUGUUAUAUAAAUAGUAAGGUAUAAUAAAAAGGGUCGGCAAUUUGUUUGCCUGUUUCUAUUGAAGCAGACUUGAACUAUUUAGGAAUAUUCCAAUUCUAUUAUGUAUGACUGUAUUUUAUUGUAAAUUAAGUACCUACUGUAGAAAUGUUACGAGUAAGUCAACUGUUUAAUGUACAGCUUCCUUCACGCUGCUAUAUAAUUUGUAAAUGUAAAUUAUUAAGCUACAAACCUAAUUGAUGUUAAGAUACUCAAAAAAUUAUGUUAUUGUCUAAGUAGUUGACGUGGAUCUAGUUGAUGACUUGUGUAAAGAUGUACAGAAAUCAUAUCAUUAUAUAUUAUACAAAUUACUCAAAUAAAUUGUUCAUAUCUA